AACGAAUCUUCCCAAUUUGACACAAAUGCUGCCAAGUGAGGUCAGUUUUGAACUUACCUCGGCCAUCCCAAUGACAACAGUUCAAACGCCGCAAGUCGACUACGAGGACUUUACCAAGGGCCAAAAGAUCCACUCGCCCCACUUGAUCCUUGCCAACGAAGACGUGGUGGUCGCCCAGCUGGAAGAAGCGGGGUAUGUCGAAGACAAGACGUUUGCCGGGUUGCCCAUCCACUUGAAGAUUUUGUGGGGGCUGUUCUACUUUUGCCUGUCCCUGGCCUCGUUGUACUUUUUCAUGGUGGCGGUCAAGGUGAUUGGCGAGUCGUUUUCGUUGUUGCUCGGGUGCGAAGCCAAGGCCGCGUUCGAGUUUGCCCACAACCCCAUGGCGGGGCUGAUUGUGGGGGUGCUGGCCACGGCUAUCUUGCACUCGUCUGGCACGGUCACGUCCAUCACGGUGGCGCUGGUCGGGGCGAAGGGGAUGACAGUGCGCCAAGGGGUGCCCAUCAUCAUGGGGGCCAACAUCGGCACAUGCAUCACGUGCAUCAUGGUGGCGUUCGCCCAGGUGGGGAAGCGCGACCAAUUCGAGCGCGCCAUGGCGGCGGCCACGGUGCACGACAUGUACAACAUUUGGUCGAUGCUGAUUCUGUUUCCUGUGGAGUUGCUCUUCCACCCGCUGGAGCUGGUGUCGUUGGCCAUGGCUGGCGGCAAGACCGAAGGCUUCUUCAAGUCCCCCGUGGACGUGGUGGUCAACCCAUUCUCGGACUUGAUUAUCAAGUCGGACCGGACCAUGAUUGAAAAGGUGUCGACUGGUGCUGUCAAGUGCCAAGAUGCCAAGUUCCUCCGCGACGGCAUGUUCUACAACCAAGUCGUCGUGGACAAGUCCAUGAGUUCGACCACCGCCGGCGCCAUCUGUGCGUCGAUUGGGUUCUGCAUGCUCGUGUUUUCGCUGGUGUCGUUGGUGCACAUGCUGUCCAAGCUGUUCCGAGGGUCCGCCCAAAAGGCCAUUCGAAGGAUGCUCAAUUUCAACCCGUACCUGAACAUCCUCAUCGGGACUGCCAUCACGUUUGUCGUGCAUUCGUCCACGGUGGUUACGUCGACGCUGACCCCCAUGGCUGGCUUGGACUUGGUCACGCUCGAGCAAGUGUACCCGAUUGUCAUGGGCGCCAACCUCGGCACGACCGUCACGGCUCUGCUGGCGUCGUGGGUGACGGGGUCCCCCGAUGCGGUCGCGAUGGCGUUGGUGCACUUUUGGUUCAACACGUGGGGGAUCCUGCUCUUUUUCCCCAUCCCUAUCACCCGCUACCCCAUCCUGCAAUGGGCUCGUCGGCUGGCUUACUACAGUGCGCGUUGGCCCGUCGUUGCGGUGGUGUUUCUGUUGAUCUUCUUCAUUGUGGCGCCUGGGCUUCUCUUGGGCUUGACCUACAUGUUCAGCGGCAACACGGUUUCGUUUGUGUUUGGCGUGGUUCUUGCCACCGCCUCUGUGCUGUUUGUGCUGGGGUUUUACUGGUGGUACUUCAAGAAGGGCGGCCGAGCCAAGUGGCAUGCAUUCUUGGAAAAGAAAGCCGAGUUACACCGAGGGAAGCAAGGCGCCAUCGAAUCUGCUGCAUAGAGUUUUUAGUUGCCCGUGGAACCUGCUUGGUUUUAAAAUUUAGUUAUUAUUUUUACAUUUAUGAUGGCUUUGCCGCGAGAUGACAGUAACGUUAUAAUAGAAACGUUAUCGUUAC